CUAAUAACUAUAUACCAAUAUUAUAUGUAAUUUGUAGCUUCGAAAUAUGCUCCUUUAAUUUGCUAGCACUUUCAACUCUUCCUCCUGCUUGGAGUCCAGUGACGAUGGAAAUCAAAGAGAGUUGGUCGAAUUGAUGGCAAUUGGAGGAGUGAUGCAUAACAUGAGCCUAGCCUGGUAGUACAGUCGAGCAGAAACCAAGCCUAUAUCACUAUAUCCGAGAAAAGAAAAAGGAAGUGCACGUGUAGGUCAAUGAGCGGGAGAGUCGUGGCCUCAGGGCUCAGGGCUGUUGUUGUAGGCAUCGCCAAUCAUUCAUCCUUCAUCAGACAUCAGAUUAAGGCGUUCAGUGCUGUCCGAUACUGCGGCACACAUCUAACAAAAAAGCUUUUACUUUAUAAUUUCUUACAUAUGUCACUUAACCAUUCUUUUUCUCACUCUUCCUGCUUACUUUCCUCUUCCUCGAUCCUUUCACCGUUUCUCAUUUCCAUGGCCUCUUCUCUACAUACCCAAACCCAAACCAAUACCAACGGCACGAACGGCGAUUCUGCCUCUGACCCAAAGUCCCACCUUUGCAAGAAACCCAGAUUGCAGUCGCAUGCCCCUGUACUCUCUCAACCCUUCAUCACUCCCUCCGAUAUCCUCUCUGAGUUCUCCCACCAUGACCCUUCCGUCGCUCGCAUCAACAACGGCAGCUUCGGCUGCUGCCCUUCUUCUGUCCUUUCCGCCCAGCGGCAGCUCCAGCUCCAGUGGCUCCAACAGCCUGACAACUUCUAUUUCAACCAGCUGCAGUCCAGAUUCCUCGAAUCCAGAAACAUUAUCAAGGAGAUCAUCAACGCCGAUCAUGUUGACGAGGUGUCGGUUGUUGACAACGCCACUACCGCCGUCGCCAUUGUGCUGCAGCAGAUGGCUUGGGGGUUCGCGGAGGGGAGGUUCCACCCUGGGGAUGCGGCUGUCAUGCUUCACUACGCUUAUGGGGCUGUCAAGAAGUCCAUCGAAGCUUAUGUCACGCGCGCUGGCGGGUAUGUGAUUGAGGUCCCUUUGCCUUUUCCUGUUGACUCUGUUGAUGAGAUAGUGCAAGAAUUUAGGAAGGCUUUAGAGAGAGGGAAGCAAAAUGGCAGGAGGGUGAGAUUAGCUGUUAUCGAUCAUGUGACUUCCAUGCCUAGUGUGGUCAUUCCUGUUAAGGAAUUGGUUAAGAUUUGUAGGGAGGAAGGUGUUGACCAGGUAUUUGUUGAUGCUGCUCAUGGAAUUGGGUGUGUCGACGUUGAUGUGAAAGAAAUUGAGGCCGACUUUUACACUAGUAAUUUGCAUAAAUGGUUCUUUUGCCCACCUUCUGUCGCCUUCUUGUAUUGUAGAAGGUCUACAAAAAGCUCUGAUUUGCAUCAUCCUGUGGUUUCCCAUGAGUAUGGCAACGGGUUAGCUAUAGAAAGUGCUUGGAUUGGGACGAGGGACUAUAGUGCUCAGCUGGUGGUGGCAAAGGUUUUGGAAUUCAUCAACCGGUUCGAAGGCGGCAUCCAUGGAAUCAAGAAAAGGAACCAUGAAGCUGUUGUUGAGAUGGGGGAGAUGUUGGUCAAAGCAUGGGGAACUCACCUCGGCUGUCUUCCAGAGAUGUGUUCAAGCAUGGUUAUGGUUGGUUUGCCUGCUUGUUUGGGAAUUUCCAGUGAUCAAGACACUUUGAAAUUACGAACAUACUUAAGGGACAAGUUUCGAGUUGAAGUUCCAAUAUAUUAUCGAGCACCAAAGGAUGGUGAGGUAGGUCCAGUAACAGGGUAUGCCCGAAUUUCUUAUCAAGUGUACAACAAGGUUGACGAUUAUUACAAGUUUAGGGAUGCAAUUAAGCAACUUGUUGACAAUGGAUUCACUUGUGCAUCUCUUCCCAAUUGAUAAGCUAAACAAGGUGUGGUAACGGUGUUUGGAGUGAAUAAGAGAUAAAGAGGUACGGGUCAUGAACAUGGCUUGGAUCACUUGUUGUCAUGGUUUCGGUACCAUGACUUUCCAGGAAUGCCAAAAAGAAAGAAAUGGCAAGUAGAGACACGGUUGGGAGCUCAGUUUAGCAUUUGGUUUUUUUAUUUUGAUGUAUCUAAAUUGCUCAAGGGGAUAAACUUGUGGAGCAUUGUUGUACAUGUUUAGAAUAAAAGUUUUAACAUCAUGUGCAAUCCAUGUGCAAAUGAUGUAUAUAGCAACCAACUUGACAUUUACAGCCCCUUCUUCAA